GUCUCAGUCGUUGACUUUUAUUUUUUGUUCCUUCAAAUUACGCUAUUUAUGGAAAAAAAAAUACAGAGAAAUUUUCAACAAAGUUUUCGUCCUCGUAAGUGAACAGUAAAGGAGAAGACGAUUCACGAUGGUGAAUAAGGGAAAUAUCGGAUAUCUGAUAAUCUUCUGGGCUCUGCUGGUUGCAGAACUCGCCAUGGCCACGAAGCAUCGUCUCUUUGAGCGGACCAAGGGCAUCAAUGGUCUCGAAAAGAUCAUCAUCCGCGACCGUCGCGGCCAAUCUUUCGAGGUUUACUUGUAUGGAGGUCAACUGACUUCUUGGAAGAAUGAGAAAGGAGAGGAAUUACUUUUUAUGAGUAGCAAGGCCAUAUUUCAGCCUCCAACACCGAUUCGUGGAGGAAUUCCAGUAUUAUUUCCGCAAUACAGUAACACUGGUCCACUUCCCUCACACGGAUUUGUUAGAAACAGGUUCUGGAAAAUUGAUACUAAUCCACCUCAUUUGCCAUCACACCCUUCUUCCAAUGCUCGAAUUGACCUGAUCCUAAGAUCAUCCGAAGAUGACUUGAAGAUCUGGCCUCAUAAGUAUGAAUUUCGACUAAGAGUAGCAUUAGGACAUCAAGGAGAUUUGACGUUGACACCUCGUGUUAAGAACUCUGAUCGAACGCCGUUUAACUUCACAUUUGCUUUUCACCCUUAUUUCUCUGUUUCCGAUAUAAGUGAAAUCCAGGUAGAAGGAUUGCAUAAUUUGGAUUAUCUUGACCAACAAAAGAACAGAACACGUUUCACUGAUCAUUGCAAAGUUAUAACUUUUAACUCCCAGCUUGACAGGCUUUACCUAAGCACUCCAAAUAAAAUAAGAAUCGUGGACCACAAGAAAAAGAAGACAAUUGUGGUACACAAGGAAGGACAAGUUGAUGCUGUGGUGUGGAAUCCAUGGGAGAAGAAAGUGUCCGAUUUGGGAGUUGAAGACUACAGGCGUUUUGUUGCUGUGGAAAGUGCGGCUGUAGAGAAACCGAUCACAUUGAAACCCGGUGAAGAGUGGAAAGGAGUACUCCAAAUGUCUGUGGUUCCUUCUGGUUGUUUCACUGGAAAGCUUGGCCACAAAAAGUCAUGCAUUCAUUCUCAUACUUAAAACUUCAAAACCGUCCUAAAAGGUAUACUUUAUGCUCCAGGAACAUCAGAUGGUGAACACUAAGUUAGUCAGGAUCCAAACCGGACCUGGCCAAUGAUUUUUUUUUUCUUUACACUAUUCAUGGAUCUUGUAUACGCUGAUAAAGUUUAAAGUGUUUUAAUAAGAUACAAUAAUUGGAUUAUGUCAUUUCCAUAAGAAAGGUUCAAAAAUA